AUGGCUGAGAAGGCGGCGGGGCGGCCGCUGAAGGAAACCCUGUCGCUCUGGACACGGGAGCAAGCCCGGCUGAAGGCCCGCGUCGUAGACCGGGACACCGAGGCGUGGCAGCGGGACCCCGCCUUCUCGGGCCUGCAGAGGGUCGGGGGCGUUGACGUGUCCUUCGUGAAAGGGGACAGUGUCAGCGCCUGUGCCUCCCUUGUGGUGCUCAGCUACCCUGAGCUCAAGGUGGUGUACGAGGAGAGCCGCAUGGUCAGCCUGACGGCCCCCUACGUGUCAGGCUUCUUGGCCUUCCGAGAGGUGCCCUUCCUGGUGGAUGCCGUGCGGCGGCUGCAGGCGAAGGAGCCGGGCCUCGCGCCCCAGGUCAUUCUCGUGGAUGGAAACGGGGUGCUCCACCACCAAGGCUUCGGGGUGGCCUGUCACCUUGGCGUCCUUACGGGUCUGCCCUGCAUUGGGGUGGCCAAGAAACUUCUGCACGUGGACGGGCUGGAGAACAACACCCUGCACAAGGAGAAGAUCCAGCUCCUGCAGGCUGGAGGAGACACAUUCCCUCUGACAGGAAGCUCUGGGACCGUCCUGGGAAUGGCCCUGAGGAGCCACGACCACAGCACCAAGCCCCUCUAUAUCUCUGUGGGCCACAAGAUGGGCCUGGAGACGGCCGUGCGCCUCACCCACCGCUGCUGCAGGUUCCGGAUCCCCGAGCCCGUGCGCCAGGCCGACAUCCGCUCCCGAGAGUACAUCCGCAGGACCCUGGAGCCCCCGGGGCCGUCCACACCCAGGAGGCAGAAAGCACAGAGGCCAAAGGCCUGCCCCAAGGGAGGCUCAGGAGAGCCCACCAGUGAGGCCCGGCCUCCAGCGGACGGCAGCCAAGGCCCCGGGACAGACCUGACAGGCCCAAAGCCAGGCUCUGAGGACCAGCAGGGCAAGGCUGGCCGUCGAGUGGAGCUGGGCACCAUGAAGAUGCAAAGGCCACCAGCCACCCAACUCCGGUCUCAGGACCGUGACCACCCCCAGGGGCUGGUCUCUAGGGACUUUGGGGAACCUCCCCUCACAGCUGCAGGUGGAGCGCCCAGUCCCUGA